GGGCUCAACGACGAUGCCGCUGAGUGUGCUCCUGCGCACGUGCAGGUCGGCAAGGUGAAGUCAGUGAGCUGCGGGCUCUUCCACUGGGCGGCGAUCAGCGAGGAAGGAAAGCUCUUCACGUGCGGACGAGCUGAUGCUGGACGACUGGGAAGGAGCUUAGAGGACGUCAAGAUGACGCCAGCGUUCCGCAGCUACGCACAAGAAGCAGGAGAGGUUGAUCUGCAUGGGUUCGCUGCUGCUGUUGUCGCUGCCGGUGGCCUGCACUCGCUGGUGGUGCUGCAAGGAGGAGAGCUGCUGGCGUUCGGGUUCGGGGCGUGGGGUCAACUCGGGCUGGGGCACAUCAGGGGGAUGGAGAACUUGGACAACGCGAUGACGCCCAAGUGGGUGAAGGGAGUGAAGGAGGUUCGUGAGGCGUCGGCUGGAGGAGCUCACUCGGCUGCCAUCGAUGGCGAUGGGCGCCUGUACACGUGGGGCAGGAACGAAACUGGGAGGCUCGGCUACGUCAGCGACGCAUUCAUCCAGAACGUGCCGAAGGAGGUGGAGGUGGAGGGAGGCGAGAGGUUCAAACUGGUGACAGCAUCCGCGUACCAGACCUUCGCUGUGUCCUCCAAGGACGAGCUGUGGAGUUGGGGCAGCGGAUCCAACGGAGAGCUCGGUCUCGGGGAGAAGAAGACUGUCUUUACUCCCAACCGUGUCGUCGCGCUGGCAGGAGAGAGAGUCACGGCAGUCGCUGCUGGCGCCUUCCAUGCUGCCGCUGCCACUGCCAACGGCGACAUCCUCGUGUGGGGUGCAGGAGCUGACGGGCAGCUGGGCCUUGGGGAGGGCGUGACCUCCGCGCUGGAACCGACGCGAGUCAGCGGGCUGCCGAGGAUGCGGACGGUGGCGUGCGGGAGCAUGCACACGGUCGCGGUGUCGGAGGACGGAGAGGUCUUCUGCUGGGGA